AUGGCCAUCGACCGCCCCAUACCCGCAUUUUACUGCUGCUACCUGCUGCGGUCCACCGUUCGCGGCAGCAGUGUCUAUGUAGGCUCGACGCCAAACCCGGUGAGGCGACUUCGCCAACAUAAUGGCGUUGCAAAGGGAGGUGCCGUGAGGACGAGCCGGCAGAGUUUGAGGCCGUGGGCGAUGACUUGUAUCGUUACCGGAUUCCCCAGUCAUAUUGCUGCGCUGCAGUUUGAAUGGGCCUGGCAAAACCCUCACAUCACGCUACACAUCCCCCCCUCUGCUCGCAUCCAGCACGCCGCCGGCAGAAAGAAGUCCGGCCAGCCCAAGCGCCCCAAACACACCGUCGCAUCCCUCUUGUCUAAUCUACAUCUCCUCCUGCGCGUCCCCUCUUUCGCUCGCUGGCCCCUCGAACUCCGCUUCCUCUGCCCAGACGUCUACAAAUCCUGGCUGAGAUGGUGCAAGGCGGCCUCCGAACCCGUCCAUAAAACUUUGACCAUAGUCACGGAUUUCCCGCCAGAAGCAGCCGAGGAGGUGGAGAGCGAGGAGGACGAGGGUGGUGGGAAGAGAAGGAAGAAAAGCAAGGCAAGCUACGGGAUCGAAGCCUUAGAUGUGGAGUACGAAGAUGUAAAACAACAGGUUGAGAAGGGGAAGUCGGUUAUCGAUUUUGAGCGUGAAGGCUCUUGCGCCUUGUGUAAGGAGGAGCUCGAGCACAGGGGAGGCGUAUACGCGAUCUGCCCGAGUCUCGACUGCGAAGCUGUGUCACACUUGACUUGCUUGAGCAGACAUUUCCUGGGGGAGAGAGAUGAAGAGGACGAGGUGCUAUUGCCGAUCAAAGGGACAUGUCCAAGCUGCAAGGAGGAUUUAAAGUGGGCGGAUGUUGUUAAAGAGUUGACAUUGAGGAUGAGGGGACAGAAGGAGGUUGAAAAGUUGUUAAGAGUCAAGAGAGUCCGCAAGACGAAAGCCACGGCCUCGCAACCUUUUAUCGAGUCAGAGGACGAAGACGAUGAUACUGACGACGAGAUUAGCGAGCAUGAACCCGAUGAGGAAUUAAGGGGGGUAAGUGGAAUGCAAGCUGGCGCUAGUCGACCGGAUACAGAAGUGGGAGAUACUUGGCACGAAGUCGACGACUCGGAGGAAUCCGACACUGGCUCCAUCGCGAGCAAUAUCUCUCAAGGCCAAAGCCAAAGCCAAAGCCAGAAACCUACGUCUUAUCAGGCGAAUCAAGCUGGGACGCUGGGCACCGUCAUUGAAGAUAGCGAAUGGGACGAUGCAGACAUCAUCGAGUGA